GGGCGCGUGGCGCCGCGAGUCCCGCAUUGUUUAGAUCAGCUGCGCGUGGAUGUGAAACCCCACCCAAUGAGGAAGAACGCUCCGCGAGCAGCAGCAGCAGACCCGCACCGCGACAGCAGACCCCGAGCCAUGAUCGCGCUAUUCAACAAGCUGCUGGACUGGUUCAAGGCGCUCUUCUGGAAGGAGGAGAUGGAGCUGACGCUGGUCGGCCUGCAGUACUCGGGGAAAACCACCUUCGUCAACGUGAUCGCGUCGGGUCAGUUCAGCGAGGACAUGAUCCCUACGGUCGGCUUCAACAUGCGCAAGAUCACCAAGGGAAACGUCACCAUCAAGUUGUGGGACAUCGGCGGUCAGCCGCGCUUCAGGAGCAUGUGGGAGCGAUACUGUCGCGGCGUCAGCGCUAUCGUGUACAUGGUUGAUGCGGCCGAUCCGGAGAAGAUCGAGGCGUCAAAGAACGAACUGCACAACUUGUUAGACAAACCCCAGCUGCAGGGAAUCCCAGUUCUGGUUUUGGGCAAUAAGCGAGAUCUUCCCGGAGCUCUGGAUGAGAAGGAGCUCAUCGAGAGAAUGAACCUGUCGGCCAUCCAGGACAGAGAGAUCUGCUGUUACUCCAUCUCCUGCAAGGAGAAGGACAACAUUGACAUCACACUACAGUGGCUGAUCCAGCACUCGCGGACCCGGCGGAGCUGAGGAGGCGGAGCCGGCGUCUGAUUGGAGGAACCGCAUCAUGUGAUCAACUGUAUUUUAGGCGCUCUUGAUUUCUUUCUAAACAAACAAGCAUCCGCCCCUCCCUCUGCUCUUAUAAACUAAUCACAUCAUUUACAUCAUUGCUUUUUUACGGUUUGUCAUGAAGUCACAUGACACGUUCCAUGCUUCAGGGCGUUUGCGCCGGCAUCUUAUUUUAACGUUUUUCCAAGAUUGUGAGAACAUUCCAGAUGCUCUCUGAUCGUUCACUGGGAGAUUCCGUUGAUUUACACUGUUGCUUUGCGUUUCGCAAGAUGUUAAAUCUUACUAUCAUUAGCCUGCUAGCGUGACCCGGUGCUGGCGUUGUUUCUACAAACAUGACAUCAUCCCGUGGGCAUCAAGGUCACAUGGUUUGUGUUACUAUUGUAGCAUUACGAAAUCUUUUUAUCUGAAAGCACAUGAACCAUUCUGAAGAGUUUAAUGUGUCCAAAUGAUGGUUUUAUACGUUUUUUUUUUCUUUUUUGGGGUGACUACAGCGUUGUAUCGUUGAUGUCGUUGGGUUGUCACGGCAACCACGUUGUUUUGUUUUUAGGAACGUCAGUCUGCGAGCGCGUGCAGAGCAACAUCAGUGUUUUAUUUGAUUCUCGACGGGAUGCAAUACAGUAUCAGACGAUAAAUGUUGAUCUGUGUCUUUCGGACCCGCAGAUCGUUGCGCUAAUAAAAACAGCGGAGAUGCCGCAAAUGUUGUGCGAAUCUCCUGCUGAAGUCCAGUGUUGUUUCUGAACGCCAUUCCUAUCGGGGACAGACGAAGAUCUUGUGAUUUGUCUCGCUUUGAUUAUUUCAUUUACAGCCUUUUUCGUUUUUGUCGCACGUGUGGACGUUUUUGGCUUAAAUCAUAACGGCUUAUAAACGCGUCAGUAGAUUAUACAUAUGUAAAUUGACAUAUUUUGGUUGUUUUUGGCAUGUUUUUACUCAUGUUUUUUCACAGUGUUUUUCAACUGGAUUAUGUAAAUAGCAACUUGAACCAAAUGAGAUCUCCCUCCUGAGCAUUACAGUGUUUGUCUUAUUGUGAUUAGCAUCCUAUGAUAAUAACAACAAUAAUAAUAAAGAAGACCCCACUCAUAUCACAUCAAUCUGAACAAACAGAUUGUGUGUGUGUGUGUGUGUGUGUGUGUGUGUGUGUGUGUGUGUGUGUGAGAGAGAGAGAGAGAGAGAGAGUCUAAGCGAUGGUGUUUGUGUGCACGGAUGCCAUAAUGUAGACUAGAGUAAUAUUUACUUUAUAAAUGCCGAAGGUUUAUUCUGUUGAUUUUUCGCAAUUGCUUAUCACUUUAUAUUAAUCUUUAAUUAAUUAAGUUCAUCGUCUACACAAGAGUGAACGACGCAAUGUGACAAAAUGGCGAUAAUCAACACUGCUGCACUGGUUACGAAGUCAUGUUACAAAGUCGACUUUGAUGUUACAAAGUUUGUGUUACGACACUGGUUACAAUAAUCACCAUAGUUACGAAAGUUAUUUUUACUACAAUUUACUACAAGUGCUGCAAACAGCUUUGUUGACAAUAGCAGUCAUUACGAAGCCAACUUUUAGUUGUGUACAAAGUUGUGCACUUGCGACAUAGACAGCAUUAGUAUAAUGAAGCCGACGUAACAAAGCGGGUUUUGACAGUAAUUUGCGAAAAGUCAAACUAUUGGGUUACAUUCAUACUUUAAGUUUGUAAAUGGCAUUGUCAAAAUCAACUUCAUAACAGUCAUUUAUGAAGUUAACCUAAUGAAGUCGACUUUGUUGAUCAUACCCAAGUCUUUUUCGAAGUUAACCUAGUUGCGCACAACUUGCGCAAGUUGCGUUGAAGCUGAUUUGCAAAAGUUAAGCUAACCAAGUCAACUUUGUUGAUUUUAUUGACAUCUUUUACGAAGUUAUACUAAUGAAGUCAUUUUUGUAAAUUACUUCGAUAGCUAAGUUGAUUCCAACUGUUACGUGACUUUGUUAGGUUCGUAAAUUACUUUGUCAAAGUCAACUUACGAAGUCAUCUUCAACUUCAUUAAUGAAGUGUGCAGUGUGAAGCACUUUAUGGAUUAUGACGGUGAGAUUGUUGCUUUGUUGUGUUGUGUUACUUGAUUCGCCAUUGAUCGCAGAACGUUUGUUCUUCUGCUGCUCUCUUUGGAGAUCAUGUUCACUCCUUCAUCAUGGACAUGAUCUCAUGGGCUCUCGUCAUCUUCUGUAUGUGUGUUGAUUCAGUUAUUUUUUUAUGUCUAAUUACAUGUGGCCAUAAUGUUUCUUUUGAUAUAUUUUAAUUGUUUGUAGAAGUGUCGCUCUUUUGUUUGCUGGGGAAUCAUUUGAUCCCCCCCCCCCUGCAUGACUCAUUAUGGGAUGGAGCUGGUUGCCGUAGUUACAGUAUAAUCAGCGUGUGAUUGGACCGAGCUCGAUGAUGCCCCCCCUCCCCCCUUUAUAUGGAUCAGACAGUAACUUUUUAAAGCAGUCACAUAACAGGUGUUUCUGUACCAGACUCGAUCAGUUGAGUUGUUCGUUUGGAAUCUUUCUAUUCUCUCGUACUCGCGGUGAUAACUGUACAUGUUGUUCUUGUUAUUUGCAGAUUAUUUAAAAAUGAAAUUAAAUGAUUUCCCUCUCAGAAA